UACUCCCUUGGAUCUGAGCUGGACCCUUGCAUCCGGCGUCUACACUGCUGCUGAAGAGAUCUUCUCACCGUGCACAUUCAAGGAUAUCUCUAUGGUCAGCGUUCCAACAGCCUCACCCUCGGCAUCCAGCAGCUCCUCUCAGUGCCGGUCCAGCAUGUGUCAAUCACGCUACCUCCUCUUUUUGGCCACCCUUGCCCUCCUAAACCACCUCAGUUUGGCCAGGGUCAUUCCAGGCUCUGGACCUGCCAGGUGUCUUAGCCAGUCCCGAAACCUGCUGAAGACCACAGAUGACAUGGUGAAGACGGCCAGAGAAAAACUGAAACAUUAUUCCUGCACUGCUGAAGACAUUGAUCAUGAAGACAUCACACGGGACCAAACCAGCACACUGGAGACCUGUUUACCACUGGAACUACACAAGAACGAGAGUUGCCUGGCUACUAGAGAGACUUCUUCCACAACAAGAGGGAGCUGCCUGCCCCCACAGAAGACGUCUUUGAUGAUGACCCUGUGCCUUGGUAGCAUCUAUGAGGACUUGAAGAUGUACCAGACGGAGUUCCAGGCCAUCAGCGCAGCACUUCAGAAUCACAACCAUCAGCAGAUCAUUCUGGACAAGAGCAUGCUGGUGGCCAUCGAUGAGCUGAUGCAGUCUCUGAAUCAUAACGGCGAGGCUCUGCGCCAGAAACCUCCGGUGGGAGAAGCAGAUCCUUACAGAGUGAAGAUGAAGCUCUGCAUCCUGCUUCAUGCCUUCAGCACCCGCGUCGUGACCAUCAGCAGGGUGAUGAACUACCUGAGCUCUGCCUGAAAGGCUCAAGGCCCUCUGCCACAGCGCCCUCCUCACACAGAUAGGAAACAAAGAAAGAUUCAUAAGAGUCAGGUGGCCUUGGCCUGGUGGGCCUUAAGCUCCUUCAGGAAUCUGUUCUCCCAUCACAUUCUCGUAUCCCCACAGGUGGCGCAGCUACCUCAGCAUGGUCCCCUCCAUCGCUUCUCUCAUAUUCACUAUACAAGUUGUUUGUAAGUUUUCAUCAAAAUAUUGUUAAGGGGCAAAGACGUCCUCCCUCAAUGUGUUAGCAGAAGAGCAAGAACUGAUAAGCUAUUGUUUUUGUGCCAAAGUGUUUACAAAAACACUCAGUCACCCCUUAUUUAAAAGUAUUUAUUGCUAUAUUUUAUACUCAUGAAAGUACAUGAGCCUAUUUAUAUUUAUUUAUUUUCUAUUUAUUAUAAUAUUUCUUAUCAGAUGAAUUUGAAACAUACCUUAUUUUGUGGUUCUAAUAAAAUAAUGUUAUCACUUCACA